GAAAACCACAAAACGCCCACAUUUUUGCACAGCAAUCAACCAAAGGAGCCGAGAAAGCCUUUUCCCCUACUAUUCAAGCGAUGCCAGCAGAACAGCAAACAAGAAGUCACCGUUCCAGUUUCCACUCGAACCCUUCAAGGUCUCGUUCUCAGUCGAGAUCCCAUUCGCAUUCAAGAAGACCCACGCUGGGAUCGCGCAGAAACAGUGCUAAAUCCUUCAAGUCUAUCGAGUUAGAGCAACAAGACAGUGCUGUUGACACAGAAACUGUUGACAUCCCUGCUGUUGUAGCUACAUUGGAUAAUUCUCUCCCUGUUGACUAUUUCAAGCAAGAUUUGUUGUCCGUUCUUCAGCAGUUGCACGUUUCGAAGUGGCAUAGACUUCCUUCGCACGCUGCUCAGGAUAUCUCCAUAAAGAGAAUUUCAGGUGCCUUGACAAACGCUAUCUAUAAAGUUGAGGCUCCUUCUAUCACCGUAUUGAGGAACUUGGACCUGUCCCAUCACAAUUUCCCAGUGCUCUUGCUAAGAGUUUACGGUCCAAACGUUGAAUCUAUCAUCGAUAGGGACUACGAGUUGAAAGUCCUUGUGAGGCUCUCUAUGCAGCACAUUGGGCCUCGUUUGUUUGGAUGCUUCACAAAUGGUCGGAUUGAGCAGUUCUUGGAUAACGCAAUCACACUAACUAAGAGCGAUAUCAUGAACAAGAAGACAAGCGCCAGAAUUGCUAGAAGAAUGAAAGAGUUGCACUCGGGUAUCAAAUUGACACAACAAGAGAGAAAUGAAGGGCCAUCAUCGUUUAAAAACAUCAAGAAAUGGUUACCUGUGGUCAAGGAACUUCUAGCAAAUCCAAAUUUGGGAGUUGAACCGGAAGAAGUGUUGGGAUCUUCAUUCGAAUUUUUGCAGAGCAAAAUUGAGGAGUACGAAAAAUGGAUCGAGUCUCGUUACAAGAACCUCAAUGAGACUUUGGUCUUUUGCCAUAACGAUACUCAAUAUGGUAACUUGUUAUUCACGUCUAAGAGCCUUCCCAACUCAUCUGAAAGUGAAUCUCAGUCACAAAUCUCAGAUCAACAGUCACUCCGUACCAACUUUUCAAAUUUGAGCCUUGAAAAUUUACAGAAUAUCAAACCUUCUCAACAGGAGAAGAAACAAGAUCAGAAUCUCGUCGUCAUCGACUUUGAAUAUUCUGGUGCCAAUCCUCCUCAGUUCGACAUCGCUAACCAUUUUUGCGAAUGGAUGCACAAUUACAACCACCCAACACAAUCAUAUGCAGUUACUGAGUCAGACUUCCCAACUAUGGAGGAGCAGUUCAACUUGAUCCACUCCUACAUCAUCUUCAAUAACGCUGAAACCGAUAUCAACAAGUUGGAUAUCCAGGCCAAGAAGUUAUACGACGAGUGCAUUCUCUGGAGACCAAUAGUGUCAAUCUUCUGGGCUUUGUGGGCGAUUCUGCAAAAUGGUGAUAAGUCCCAAAUCAAGGAUGUUAUUAUUGAGCAAGGUCCAAAUGGUGAACAAUACAAGAUUGUCACUGAAGAUUCCGAUCAAGAACAGCUGGAGGAGGAGGAAGUUGUGGAAGAGGAAAGUGGUGAAACGGACGUGGAUUCCUUCGAAUACCUCAAGUACGCAAGAGAUAAACUGUCAGUCUUCUGGGGAGAUUUGGUUCAAUUGGGAUUAGCCGAUAAGGAUGAAGUGACCAAGCCCUUAAAACUACUACCAACAAAGCUUUUUGAUUAACUGUUUAGUGAUUCUCAUGUAAAUAGUCUUGAUUUAUGGCGAGUGUGUGCAUUUAAGGAAGUCAAUAAAUACUUAAUAAAAAA